UGACAUCACUAAAACAUAAGCGUCUUUGCUUGGUGAUUGUGUAAAAUUGUGAAUUUUCGUGAUUAUUUUGAAAAAACUCACUUUAAUCACAUUUUAUUUAAGUACCUGAGUAGUUUCUUGAUAAAAAUACUGGUAAAAAUAUUCGGCAACCAUGUUGGGGUCCGGUGAUGGGGGGCACAUCGUGAAGUUGAGGGGUCUACCUUUCUCUACCACCGUAGACGACGUGAUCGACUUUCUUGGAGGCGUCAAUAUUGUUGGAGGCAAAGACGGAGUGCACCUGACAGAGGUGCGACCAGGACGACCUUCGGGGGAGUGCUUUGUAGAGGUGGAGUCCCAGCAGGAUGUCGACGAUGCCCUCAGGAAGGACAAAGAGAAUAUGGGGAAGAGAUAUAUUGAAGUGUUCUCGACGGACAGACAGGAUAUGGACUGGGCCCUCAAUGCCAUGAGGCAGAAUGCCAAUGGCUUUGAAGCCCCCGGCAACAUAUCUGAUGAGAUGGGAGUUGUCAAACUUAGGGGUUUGCCAUUCGGAUGUUCAAAGGAGGAAAUAGUACAAUUCUUUAAUGGGCUGCGGGUGGCUCCCAACGGGGUACACUUACUGUGCGACCAGUCGGGCCGCGCGUCCGGAGAGGCCUUCGUACACUUCGUAGACAAGCCCACCGCGCAGGAAGCACUCGCGAAAGACAGAGAGAAAAUAGGACACAGGUACAUAGAAGUGUUCCUGAGUUCCGCCGAAGAGGUUCGUUCGUGGGGGUCCCGCGAGCCGCGGCGGCCGCGCCCCGCGCCCUACGACCGCGGCGACCGCGCGCGCCGCCCGCCCCGCGCCAUGCCUCAUGGAGGAAGCGGCGGCGGCUACGGCUACGGCGCGGCGCGUGGGGGCGGGUUCCGGCGCGGGGGCGGGGGGGGCGCGCACUGCGUGCACAUGCGCGGCCUGCCCUUCAAGGCGUCGCCACAGGACAUCGCCUAUUUCUUCAAGCCGAUCCGUCCGAUGAACAUCGACAUCCUGUACGACAACAGCGGGCGCCCGUCCGGCGAGGCCGACGUGGAGUUCGAGUGCCACGAGGACGCCAUGCGGGCGAUGCGUCGCGACAAGAACAACAUGGAGCAUCGCUACAUCGAGCUGUUCCUCAACUCGUCGCCCGGCGGCGGCGGCGGCGGGUUCAAGCCGCGGCCCUUCCGCAACUGACUGCGCCACUAGGGGCCACUACAGCCCAACACACCGGCCGUGUGGCCUUGCAAAUAGGCUAGACUUUGUAAAAUAUAGCAAGAGUCCCCUUUGGUUGACCUGCUGCCGCCGCUACACGGGUUCGUUAUCGACGUCUAUGAAGUGCCACAAACUUAUCUGUUCCGGUGACAGCUCCCAUAAAUGACUAAUAUUUCUUCUAUAAUAUUUUGCCAGUUUGCCCAAAGUGGUAAUUCGCCCUUGCGGUUUUAAUAAACCCAUCUAAUCUACAUACAUGUAUGAUAAUUGCGUCAAUCACAGCCCUGUAUUCAUGGCGAGUCGCGAUGUAGUGACGUUUUAAACGUCGAUAACGAACCCGUGUUUUGGAAUUUGAAAAAAAACAAAUGUACCUACUUAUAAAAAAAUGGACUUGACUGGUGUCAUAGUAGGGCUCUUGCUGUAUUUUACAAAGGAUAGUAUAUGUACCAGCUGUGUGACCUGGUUCCAUCACAGGCUGGCUGGUUCGACGUGGCACCUUUAACAACAUACAUUCGAUUUUGGUCCUUACGUAGUUGUUCAUCAAUUUGAUCUGUUAGAUGAAUAUGAACGCACUGUUUGAGUUAGCACAUUUUAAAUGAUCAAGUAACAACAUGUUGUAACAACAUGUAGUACUCAAGUUUCGGUUUAUAAAUAUUUUAAAUGUUAAAAUGCAUUGUUGCGUCGUAAAUUUCCAAUAAAAUACAAAAGUCAUGCCAUGAAAUAAAAAAAUAGAAAUAUUUUCUUGUGGUAAUUGGGCAACAAGUUUCUACUUAUACUUUAAUUAUGUAUGUAGAGAACUUAUCAUUAUAAACUAUUAUAAAUUGUAGUAUGUACUUAGUUGUAAAUUCAUUCAUCAAUUUACUACCUACUGCUUCUCAAAAAGAUAAAUUCCAAUAUUUUAAAAGGUUCAGGAAACCACUAAUGUAUUGUUACAAAUAUAUUUAUUUUGCUUAGUUCUAUCAUCAGAUUUUGUGUGGUAGACAAUUAGGUAGGUAGGUACGCAAUUAAUUAGGUUCAUUUGUCAAUUAUGGAAUGCAAGCAUAAUACAUAAGUCAUUUUAAAGUUUUGGCUUCACACAUCAUUUAUAUUUAAAUGAUUUUUAGACCUUUAUCUUCAUCUUUAUAGGUACAUUAUGUUUUAAUUAAAUAUAAGAAUGUAGGAUAGUUUAGGUAACGACAAAUUGUACCAUCCCCCCACUACUCCGACCUUAUUUUAUUAAGCGAUUUAAAUUAAAUUAUAUUUAUAAUACGUAAUGUUUAUGAAUAAGUAAAUACUCGUCUUCAAAAUUGAAAGUACAGCUAGUAAAAUAUGAUGAUAUUUAUCAUAAUAGCAUUGUUUUAAAAAUGUAGUUAGUUCAUAAAAUUAAAUAUAUUAUGAUUUUUGUUAGUAUUUCAACAGUGUUUAGUUUUCUAUACAUCGAAAUAGGCUUACAAUUAUUAUUGUGUAUAUUUUAUUCGAAUUUGUCUGAAUGAAGUGCAAGCGAUUAUUUUAUCUUAUUCACGUCUCAGUGAUUCGUGGUCAAAAUAUCGAUUACCUACCAAAUGUACAAGAUUAUUUUAUUGUAUUUUUGAUUAUUAAUAUUUGUCACUACUUACAAGUGCUUGAACUGUCUUGAGUUGUUUGUGGGGGUAUGUUGUGGAAGGUCUAUCUAUAUUCUAUUCUCCUGUUAACAUCAUCUAGACUGACUCUUGACAAUCUUUAAAAUAAUAUGUAUAGAAACGCUAAGAUACUUAAUUAAAAAGAUGGAGUAUGUUUCGUAAGCUAGCUAUAGUCUCAUUUAUACUUUAAUAAAUCAUAUUAUACUAAAAA